AUGAUUAAGAAGCGGAAGGUCCGCAUGGAUGGUAAGGGGAACAGGAGAGUGCCAUUUUCGAAAGACGAGGAACUGAAUGUGGCUCCUGCCGUGGGGACCGGAAAAGAAAAAAAAAAUCAUGCAAGUGAAGAUGAGGAGGAUGAGGAAGAAAACAAAUUAAAUAAAUUAAAAGCAUCCCAAAAUUUAAAACUACUACAAUAUGUGAGGUUGAAGAAGAAAGGAAUAAAUGCGGACAACCUAAGUAGUGAUAACGUAACCACACAGGACGAAGAAAAUGAACACAAAUUACACGAAAAGCAUUUCACCAAAAAUGUCACUGAGAAGGAAAUUGAAGAGGCACACAUAGAAAAUUUCAUUCGAAAAAAUAUGGGUCAAUUCUACCAAGACGAUAAACGGAACAACUCCAAACGGGGCGGCGACGGCGGUGCCAGUGAUGGGGAUGGGUAUGGCGAUGGGGAUGGCCAUGCGCAUGUCGAUGAUGACCCAGUGAAGGACCUGUACAAACUCUCCGACCACCUAAAAGUCAAAAGCUCUGUUACCAGUAACACAGAGAAGCUAAACUGCAUCACAGGCAUAACGGAGGUUCCCUUGCCCAUCGAGGUGAAACUCAAAAAUAUUGAAGAGACGGAAAAGAUGAAAAGGAAGCUUCUGAAGAAGGCCAAGCUUAUAAAUUGA